UUUGAGUCUUUUCUUUAUUAUUUGUUAAUUAAUUUCUUAAAGGUUUUAUAAUUAGUUAACAUAUCACUGCUAUUGUAAGUAUUGACAAAAAUGCCGCCAACGGACGCAGACGUUCUGCAAUGUGUUAAUAUGAAUAAGCCGAAACCCAAUCCGAAAAACGAUCCGACGAUGUUUCAAAUAUUUCAAAACGUUCAAUACAACAUUGUACAACACAAAAAGUAUGCUAAGGAGAUGACCAAACUCUACAAAAAGAUGGAUGAGCAAGUCUUCAGAGAGAGUUUCAAGAAUGCUUUAAUGUACUUAUUUACUUUCGGAGACACCAGUCCCAAUGUGGACCGGGUUAUCAAGUUUGUGGCCACCUUCUGCACAACCCUGGAUGAUGAGGAGGAGUUCUUGUUUUUUAUCAUCAAUAUUAUUUUUGAUUGUCAAUGUGUGUCUGGCCAGUCAGUCCGGUACCGCGCCAGCCAGCUGCUAGAGGCUGUGCUGUCAGCACUCGGGGAAGACGCCUCACUGGACGAGGAGAUCUGCACUAAGUUACUCCAGUCACAGAUGCAAAGACUCCAAGACACCCGCGGUGCCGUGCGGUGCCGAGCGGCGCUCGCGCUACAGCGGUUACAGGACCCUAUGGACCCAGAGGAUGAAGUCACAAGGGCUUACAAAUUCCACAUGAGCUGCGAUCCUAGCGCUUCAGUCAGAAGAGCAAUAGUAUCGCAAAUAGCGAAAUGCACUCGCAACGUACCCUACGUGCUUGAGCGUUUGUGCGACGUGGACGAGGCGGUGCGUCGCGCCGCAUUCAUGUACAUCGCCAACGUCAAUGUCACUCAGCUCAGAGUGCGGCAGAGGGUGCACACACUCAAGGUGGGCCUUUCUGAGCGAAGCACUCGCGUCCGCCGCGUGGUCGAAGAGAUCCUCAUUCCCGGUUGGCUGAGCACGUUCAAAGGCAACAUCAUCGAUCUGCUGAAGGCUAUACGAUUGGACAACGCGCAGGACGCUAAGGAUUCUCAGUAUGUUGCUGGGAAACUGCUCGAGUCAUUGUUUAAGCGUCUACCAAUCUCCGAGCUCUUGUUAUGGCUACCCACAGAGAAGUCCCUCCGGCUAAUACCAGCGGAGAAGCUUAACAAAGAAACAGCCUGGUACUGGAGGUACCUGGCUGAGCACCUGCAGAAAAUAGACGACGAUGAAACGCUGGAGCUGGUGCUGCCCGACCUGGUCGUGCUAAUCGGGUAUAUUAGAGCUAUCGUGGAGUCCCCUUGCCCGUCGGAAGCAGACGACCCCGUGAGCUUCAGCACGCGUCAAUAUGUCCUACACGAACUAGGCUGCAUGCUGCGAGUGUAUGACACCGACCCGCCAGGCCGCGCUGCGCUACAAAACCUUAUAACCGACGUACUCACCGGCGACUACGGCCAUCUCAGUGCAGACGUGAUACGUCCACUAGUAUCAGCCCUAGAGCUGGUUUUCCCUGAGCUGUCCCCGCGUAUGGAAGUGUUGUGCGGUGUCAUCACGGCGCUGCGCGACCCGCCCGAGCCUGAAGCCCCGCCUCCGGCACCGCUACCCCAACAAGACACGCAGCAGAUCAAAAUGAAGCGAGCGAGGUUGCGCGUGUCGCUAAACGUAGCUAUAGAAGAGCAGGAGGAUGCGGUUCGGGAGGAGAACUACGCGCUCGCUGCCGAGUGCAAGGCUAAGGUGGCAGAUAUUCAGAAGCAACUAGAGGAACUAGAGGUUCAGGCCGCGCCGCCACCGCCGGUACCCAUACCUACCAUAAAAGAGAAGGUAUCGGACGCCGACACGCUGAUCAAGUGCCUCACCAUUCUAAACGCCGCUCUGGACACACCACAGCUAAAAACUGUCACCCCCAUGCUGCUAACCAUAUUCAACGAGUUAGAAGUGGACAUCUUCCAAAACCCAGACAUCUUGGAGCCUGCUCUAGAAACAGUGGCCCUAUUUGGAAUGCUGGACAAAAAUUUUGCCAAAGACAACAAGGCAUUCUUCUUUGCUAAUCUGAUCGACACAUCAAACGAGAGUGUAGUGCUCACAGUACUACGAUGUAUAGUGGACCUGCUGUGCGUGCACGGCGUGCGAGUGUUCGAAGACGAGGAGUCACAGGACGACUCCAAGAACGUGUCUAAGAGCAGGAGGAAGGCGUAUCUGGACGCUGUAGACGGGGACGGUUCCAUUUCGGAGUCCAUCCUGUCAAUGUCUCCAGCGCACAGUACCGUUAUCGAGCUACUUUUGAAAAUCAUGGACAGUCCAUGUGCAUCAUACAGGCUGAUAAUAGUGGAAGGCCUGUGUCGCCUACUGCAUCUUGGACAAAUUGAAUCACCCUCUAUACUGAGUCGGUUAAUGCUGCUUUGGUUCAACCCUGCUACAGUGGAGGAGGAUUUGCUACGUCAGACGAUUGGAGUUUUCUUCCAAACUUUCCCGGCGAACGUUGACGGGGCACAAGAACAAAUACAGAAAGCGACACUACCUACGUUGCGAACGCUUGCAAACGCUCCAUCUAGUUCGCCGCUAUCAGAGAUAGAUCAGGAAGCGGUCGUCAGGUUUAUCGUGUCACUCACAAGAAUCAACCAUGAGCUGACUGACAGUCAAGGGUCCAUGGCGAUGUUACUCUGCAGCUACUUAGUCCGGCGUCCAUCCUCCUCCGAAGUGGGCCUAGCUUGCCGUAUGCUAGCUUUACUAUCGCCGCCUAGAGACGCGCAUCAGGCUUCUGUGCUGGCGAAUAUGUUGAAAGAACUCUGUCUCAAACUUCCCGACAAACAGUCGACUCGCAACCUCACGCGUUAUCUCGGGGCAAUAGAAGCCACCGAACGUCUUACGAUGAACAAAAUGUCUAAUACAGGAGUUACAGAAGGAACUAUGCAAGCGGAUGACACAACCUUUGGGAACAUAGGAGGCCGAAUCACUACCUCAUUACCAACAACACAACCUUUGGCCAGAAGCACCCACGUUGUCGUCAACGACACAGUCCAAGAAGAGGUAGAAAUAGACGAGACGUCUCCUACUGAACUCAGUGCAAAAAUAACCGAAGAAAGUACUGAAACUACGGAACCCACUCCGGAGGACAACUCCCCCGAAUCCAUUCCCGACUCGCAGCCCACACCAGAGGGCGGGGACAGCGACAGCAGCGGAGUCUCGCCAAUCAAGAAGGCCAAGGUUACUAAAGGCAAAAAGAAGAAACUAUCCAUCACUAGACAAGGGUCAGAUACUACUAAAGCAAAAGGCAAGAAAACCAAGGAAGCGCCUGAAGAAACGGAAAACGUAAAAGAUAAAGGCAAGAAGAGUAAAGAGACUUCGGAAGAAACAGAAAACGAAAAAGGCAAAAAAGGCAAGAAGAGUACUGAGACUUCGGAAGAGACAGAAAACGUAAAAGGAAGAGGCAAGAAAACCAAAGAGUCUACAGAAGAAACUGAAAAGGGUGGCAUUAAGAGGAGCAGGUCUCAGAGAUCGCUAGCCGAUGUUGAUAGAGCCCAAAAAGCCAAAGCGACCAAAUCGAAGAAAGCUCCUAAGUCCCCCUCCCCACCGCCGAAAUCCCCCACCCCGCCUCUCAAAGACAUCGACACCUCCAACAUCACCAUCCGCAAGUCCAGGGGCCUGCGGUCCAGCUCCAGCACGGACUCGGACUCUAAAGUUGCCAGUAGGAAGAGGAAGAAGGCGGGUGAAGCUCAAACUCGCGCCUCCACGAGCUAUCGCAGCAGCACGGGCAGCUUCCCGUCCGACGACGACUCGGCCGACGAGACUGAACUACACACUAUCGUCUACGACAAUGAACUUCAACAAUCUCUGCUGAACGAUUCGAGCGAAUUAGCCGAUAGCAGACGCGAUUCCAAAGGAAACGUCACCAUCCCCGAGACGCCCGAAGGAAGCGAUAUGUCCGAUUCCGAACCAGAAGAGGUGAUAACAAAACCAAAAGGCAAACGGAAGUAGGCAAUCAAAACAAGUCCAAAUUAAUUAACAAUUUAUUAAUUAUUUCUACAGUAAUUAACUAAUUACAGUACGAAUGGGCUAGAGAAAACGGGUAAUAGAAAUGAAGAUAUAACUGUAACAACUUUUUUUCUAGCAUAUUCAGUAUUGUUCAUGAAUUUACGCUUAAUUGUAAGUUUUGUACUAUAAUUAAAUGCCUUUACACA